AUGCACAGAAUGACCUCAACCUGCCAACCUGUGCUACAGAAAAAAAAGGAAAGUGAGACGGAGUGCAAAAGACCAAAUGUGAAACAACAGAUGGAGCAGGAGACCAGAGAUGAAGCUGUAACAGAGCACAGAGCGAUGGCAGGAGAGGCCCAGGACAGGAGGAACGUCUGGGAGCCGAGUGUUUACUACGCACUGGGGAAGGAGAACUUUUACUUUGCUGGUCAUGACAUAAGCAUCCGAGAGUCUAUAGAUACUUUCGGUGCUCUGAUCUGGCCUGGGGCGAUAGCUUUGUGCCAGUUUUUGGAGAAUAACCAGCAACAGGUGAACCUGAUGGAUAAGGCAGUGCUGGAGCUGGGAGCUGGGACUGGUUUGCUCUCUAUAGUGGCCAGUCUGCUCGGUGCUGCUGUGACAGCUACAGACCUACCUGACAUCUUGUCCAACCUCACCUUUAAUCUUCUAAGGAACACCAAAGGUCGGUCCCGUUACACCCCUCAGGUAGCCAGGCUAACCUGGGGCCAGGACCUGGAGCGAGACUUCCCCUCUGUGUCCUACCAGUACGACUACGUCCUCGCAGCUGAUGUGGUCUACCCUCAUGACUGUCUAGAGGAACUGCUGGAAACCUUUUGCCACUUCUGCCGACCAGGAAGUCGAACCACGCUGCUGUGGGCCAACAAGAUCCGGUUUCAGUCGGACUUGAGGUUCGCAGAGAGAUUUAAGAGCAGCUUCAACACGUCGCUGGUCACUGAGAUCCCACAGCAGGAGAUCAGGAUCUACAAGGCCACAGCAAAGGAGUAA